AUGGAGUCUACUCCCGUUCUAAUCAACAUUAACUCGCGGCCUAAUGUCUGGGAGCCGGGUGAUGACUGGGCAGGUGUGACAAAUCAGUCCCAGAGAAAGAAGCUCCAAAACCGUCUCAACCAACGAGCUUAUCGUCAGUCCAUUCUUGCUGAUUUUGCCGAACAGCUACUAAAAAGACAACAGCCUAGACAGUCGAGCCCGGGCUGCUUAAACAGGCAUCAUCCAAGAAGAGAUGCCGACAGCUCACAGAACGGGGCAACCAAAGUCCAGGUUCAGCAAGCGACAUCAAUCAUACUGUCCGAAAGAAUCCAAUCUGACACGAGCGGUAAUCUUGCAGCUCUUUUUGAGGGCUGUGCCCUCUUGUCGUGCCCUCGUCGAAUUCAUCAAAUUAGUAGCCUCGUCAGACAAGCUUACGAGGAUUACUCCUUACACGCACCUCGGCCUGCAUAUCUCCAAAUCCUCAUCCGAUUAAACGUUCUUAAUGCCUUGGCUCGGAACGCUGUCUGCAUUGGAUUACCACCAGAAGGCCUCUGCCGUGACGAGGCUAUCUCGCCAUAUAGUAAUAAUGGCCCUCCGCUCCCAAACAAGCCGCCAACAACCACAACGUGCUUUCCAGCGCUGGAGCCAACGGUCCUUCAGAAGACGGUAGUGCAUCAUCCAUGGAUUGAUUUGCUGCCUUUCCCUCAGCUUCGCGAUAAUAUGCUCAUGCACAUGGAAGCUGGGCUGGUGGAAGAUGACGAAUUGUGUGAGGAUCUUCUUGUGGUGGAUGAUCCGCGGGACCUCAACACCAAGCCCUCGUUGAUUGUUUGGGGAGAAUCAUGGGAUUCCAGAGCUUGGGAGGCGAAUCCAGCCUUCUUACGAAAGUGGGGAUUUUUACUACGAGGAUGUUCUGAAAUCCUCGAGGGAACUAACUACUGGAGAGAGAAACGAGGUGAGAAGGGACUUGUGUUUCAAGUAUGA